AUGGGCAAAGGCAAGCACCGGGUCCCGGACAAUUGGGUCGAUGUGGCCAAAAUGGGUACACUCGUUGGUACCUCGCGGUUUGCCCCGCUCCGCGUGCCGCUGGACGAGACCUAUUUGCCGCAAUUGGAGACCAAACGGGACCAAAUUUGGACCCCGCGGGACUUUUUGGCAUUGCAGCGGGACCAAAAGUACAAUGUCAAGCUCCUGAUUGACCUGACCAACACGUCCAAGUACUACAAUGGCGACAAAGAGCUCAAGAACUCGGGUGUGCGGUAUCUGAAGCUCCCGAUCGAAGGGUUCUACGGACCACCGGACGCCAAAGAAGUGAAGAAAUUUGUGGCCCUCGUGGACGACUUUGUGGCCAAGACACCAGAGGGGACUAUUGCUGUGCACUGUACCCACGGGCUCAAUCGCACGGGGUACCUCGUAGUGACGUAUCUGGUCCAGCGACUCGCGUACUCGGUCACAGACGCACUGGCCGCGUUCAAAGCCGCGCGCCCGCCAGGACUGAUCAAGCACAUGUAUGUCGAAGAUUUGUACAAGCGGUGGGGCGCGGGCGAGAAGGUGCAGUUGCCAGAGCUGCCUGCGUGGGCGAGUGCCAAGUACAGUGCACGGGCUAAAGGCAGUGCAGGCAAAGCACCUGCGAAGGGCAGUGCAGGCAAAGCGCCUGCGAAGGGCAGUGCUGGCAAAGCGCCUGCGAAGGGCAGUGCAGGCAAAGUGCCUGUGAUGGGCAGUGAGGAGCCUAAAGCGCCUGCGAAGCGCAAGAAGCGCAAGAAACGGUCGAAGACAGUGACAAAGCUGCCGAGUGGGGACGGCGACGGUCGAGCCGCUACGGAAGGGGAGGAACUUCAAGCGUCUGCGGAAUGA